AUGCGCAAGAUGCGCUGUGAUGGCAAUUUCCCCUGUUCGACAUGCGUGGCGCGGAACGCCGGAUGCGGUUUUGGUACGUCCGCUUCAACGUUACCCGUCGAGGAGCCCGGCAACGGCGACAAGGUGCAGCAACACAUCGACGCAUACUUCACUCAUUUCCAUCCCAUAUGGCCGUUUCUGCACAAGGCAACGUUCAACCCGGAUCAAGAGCCUGCUCUACUCCUUCAGUCCGUUAUCAUGAUCGGGCUGUGGACCAUGCAGGAUGAGACAGCCAAGGACGCCGCAAUCAAACUUCACGAGAAGUUGAUCGCAUCUAUCAUACAGCAGCAGGGCAGUUGGGUCAGCCCAGCAUGUGGCGAGCAAUCAGGCGGCAACAAUGAACCUUGGCCAGUGGGAACCUACCAAGGCAUUCUUCUGAACAUCAUUUUUGCUUUGCUGUUGAGUUCAGAAGAACAACGUACUCGCGGAAGCACCUGCAGGCUUGAUCUGAAAGCAGGAAAAAGUAUUUCUCCUUCCGAGGACAAAUACCGGAUUAUGGUGGCUCUCAUCAAAAGCUGUCUUCAGCGCGGCAUGUUUUUCUAUCCCGACAUGCUUGCACAGUUCAAUGGUCGCAGUAGCAACUUCAUCUUUAUCUGGGUGGGUGUUGAGGAGGUUAAGCGCCUCGCUUUGACACUCUUUCACGUAUGGUCAACAUGCAGCGAGGGCUCGGAUGCAGAGGGUGACAAACUGCUGUCCACAAAAGACCUCAAAUUCUCAAUGCCGGAGCAAGAUAUUCUCUGGGUUGCUCCCUCUGAUGAAGAUUUACUACGCCGCCUUGAGAGGGGGAUGGGGAAUGGGACAGCAAUGAAAAACGGCGAGGAACACUGGAUUGCGCAUCAGUUCAGAGAGGGCAAAGGCCAACAGGCUUAA